AUGGCUGAAGGAUUCGAAAACUGGAGACCCUACGAGUACACUCCCUCCAUCGCUGCUGCCAUUAUCUUCACUAUCUUGUUCACAGCAGUGACAGCAUAUGCAUUCUUCCAGUUUUUCAAGGCAUUAAGGUACCCCCAGAUCGAAAAACUCGAUAAGAAACGAACCCUCAUCAUCAUUCCUUUCCUUGUGGGUGGUGUCUGUGAAAUCGUGGGCUGCAUUGGCAGAUGUGUCUCUUCCCAGGAUGAAGAUGCUCUUGCUCCAUUUAUCAUGCAAUCGACGCUUUUGCUUGUGGCACCAGCACUCUUUGCUGCUACGAUUUACAUGAUUUUGGGAAGAGUCAUUGCCAUGUUGAACAGUGGCCACCAGUCGCUCAUUCCGUUGAAGUGGCUCACCAAGAUCUUUGUGCUUGGAGAUGUCAUUUCCUUCUUGAUGCAGGGUUCUGGUGCUGGCAUCAUGUCUUCAGGAGACACAGAUUCUAUUUCUUUGGGUGAAACCAUCGUCAUUAUUGGUUUGUUUGUGCAAAUCGGUUUCUUCUCCGUGUUUAUCAUUGUCACUGGCCUCUUUCAGCUUAGAGUGUGGAAAGAGCCAUCUUUGGAGGCCCAGGCUACUCGUUACACACCAACAAGAGUUCACAAUUGGCAGAUGAUUCUUGUGACUCUUUUCGCUUGCUCCUUGUUGAUUCUUGUCAGAUGUAUCAUCAGAGCAAUUGAGUACAUUCAAGGUUGGGAUGGGUACAUCAUCUCUCACGAGGUGUUCCUCUACACUUUGGAUCUUUUGUUGAUGUUCUUGAACAUGGUGUUGUUGUGCUGGCAGGAUAUUUGUGGCUACUUUGUGGAGGUUGGACCCCAGACUCGGGAUGCCAAUGUCACCAGGCUGCUUACUGAGGCUCUGGAUCCAUUCAAGGAGAAGUCGUUCGGGUACUAG